AUGGGAGUGGCAGGUCACAGUGAUCCAUUGUUAGGUGAAACGACAUGUGGGUCUUUGCUGCAGCAGCUUCAGCUGAUAUGGGAUGAGGUUGGUGAAAGCGAUGAAGAUCGCGACAAGAUGUUACUUCAGCUAGAGCAGGAGUGCUUAGAUGUUUAUAGGAGAAAGGUUGAUCAGGCUUCUACCUCUAGGUCACGUCUCCUCCAACAGCUUUCCAACUCCAAAUCGGAACUGACUAGACUCCUCUCUGCAUUAGGAGAGUCAUCUAUUUCUGGCAUUCCUGACAAGACAUCUGGUACAAUCAAGGAACAGCUAGCAGCUAUAUCACCAUCUUUAGAAAUACUCUGCAGGAAAAGAGAGAGUAGGGUGAAAGAGUUUGCUGAUGUGCAACUUCAGAUUCAGAUACUUCGUGAUGAAAUCGCUGGGAAUCUACAUCUUGGUGAACACUUGGAAACACUCCAUGUCAAUGAGGAUGAUAUUUCAGUGAGGAAAUUAAAUGAAUAUCUUUCUGAACUACAAGCCCUGCAAAAGGAAAAGAGUACUAGGCUCCGCAAGAUUCUUGAAUCUGUGAGUUCAGUGCAUGAUCUCUGUUCUGUACUUGGCAUGGAUUUUGUGGGUACUGUUACUAAAGUUCAUCCAAGUCUUGAUGACUCUGUUGGUGUUCAAUCCAAGAGCAUCAGUGAUGAAACAAUAUCCAAGCUGUCUAAAAUGGUGAUUGUACUUCAAGAAGAAAAAUCAAAGAGGUUUGCAAAGAUUCAAGCCCUAGCUUCCCAGCUAUCUGAUCUUUGGAACUUAAUGGAUGCUCCUGUGGAGGAACGGCAACCUUUUCAUCAUGUCACAUGCAAUAUGUCCUCAACAUUGGAUGAUGUGACAGUUCCAGGAGCCCUGGCUCUUGAUGUAAUUCAGCAGGCUGAACUCGAAGUUGAAAGGCUUGAUGAGCUAAAAGCUAGUAGGAUUAAGGAUAUUGCAUUCAAGAAACAGACCGAACUUGAAGAUAUGUAUGCCCAGGCUCAUGUUGCAAUAGAUUCUAGUGCUGCAAGAGAUAGGAUAAUGUCUAUUAUUGAGUCCAGUAGUUUUGAGCCUUCAGAACUACUGGCUGACAUGGAGAACCAGAUACUUAAAGCAAAUGAGGAGUCCUUAAGCAGAAAGGACAUACUGGAGAGGGUCGAUAGGUGGAUGUCAGCAUGUGAAGAAGAAAGCUGGCUUGAAGACUUUAGCCGGGAUGAUAACAGGUACAGUGCAACUCGGGGUGCGCAUCUGAAUCUGAAGCGUGCAGAAAAGGCCCGUGUUUUGGUCAAUAAAAUUCCCGCUAUUGUCGACACACUGGUUGCAAAGACCCGGGCAUGGGAACAAGAGCAGGGCAUGGCGUUCACCUACGACGGCGUUCCUCUUCUUGCAAUGCUGGAUGAAUACAAAAUCCUGAGGCAGGAGAAGGAAGACGAGAAGCGAAGAAUGAGGGACCAGAAAAAGAUGAAUGAUCAGCUGGCCGCUGAACAGGAGAAGCUGUUCGGGUCAAAGCCGAGCCCUGCACGGCCCCAGUCGUCCUCAAGGAAGGUGGCUGGCGCUCGGACCAACGGUGUCGGUGGUGCUGCCAAUGGCACGCCAGUUCGCAGGCUGUCAGCCCUCCAGAGCGGCGGCAGGACCGCGAGCCGGGAUGGGAGGAGGGAUGCCAGCAGACCCGUGGCCCCGGUGAACUACGUGGCCAUUGCCAAGGAAGAUGCGGCCUCGCAGGCGUCCAGCAACUGA